CGCGGGGCGGGGCGCGGGGGGGGUCAGUGCGGGACGUGGCGGUGGAGUGGAGGUGGGAGGGAGCGGCGCCAUGACCCGCGGGAACCAGCGCGAACUGGCGCGGCAGAAGAACCUGAAGAAGCAGAGCGACUCGGGCAAGGGCAAGCGGCGGGACGACGGGCUCUCGGCUGCCGCCCGCAAGCAGAGGGACUCGGAGAUCAUGCAGCAGAAGCAGAAGAAGGCCGAUGAGAAGAAGGAGGGCAACAAGUAGCGGGCGGCCGCGCCGGGCUGCCGCCCCAGGGCCGGUCCCGCCGGCAGGAUGCCCCGCGCCGCCUCAGGCCGGGUCCCGCCGGGAUCCCCGGCAUCGCCCCGCGCCCUGCGGCGCCGUUCCCUAUUAAAGUAGCUGUGGAGCCCUGCA